AUGAGCAGGCCGGCGCGCGUCAUCGGUCGAACCCUGGGGUUGCGACAAACUUCUCGCCUUUUCUCGCGAGCUUCCACGACUUGUACGAAUCCUUCGACAUUCACCACACCGCGCAUUGCUAGACCCCUUAAGACACCCAACCCUUCUUCUCUUAUUCACACUCGCCACUUUCACACUCCAGCACGCACAAUGGGCCCCCUCCCAGCAUGCCAGACGAUCAGCCACCACUCGGACAAGGUGCGCAUGCUAGUGCUCGAGACCGACGAAACGCAUCCAGACACGCAAAAGGAGAUUGGCGGGUUCGGCGAGGUGUUCAACAACCUGUUCAUCAAGGCCGGUGACGACCACAACCCGCAGCUGGGCAUCGAGACGAUGAUGCAGUACAUUGUCGAGCCAGAGGGCGGCGAGGUGCCCGGGCCUGAGGACAUCCCGGAGGAUCUGCAUGCGAUCCUCAUUACGGGGAGCGAGUGGGAUGCCCACGGCGACAACGAGUGGAUCCUCAAGCUGAUGUCCUUUAUCAAAUACAUCUGGACGCACCGCCCCGACAUCAAAUUCACCGGCAUCUGCUUCGGGCACCAGAUCCUCUGCCGAACCCUAGGGUCCAGCGUCGCGCCCUCCGCAGACGGCGAAUGGGAACUCUCACACACGCCGAUCGCGCUGUCCUCGUUAGGGCAGCAACUUUUCCACACGCAAGACUCCCACAUCCACCUGCACCAAAUGCACCUCGACCACGUGCUCAACGCGCCCUCGCCCUCGACCUCCUCCUUGCUCACUCCAGACACAAAAGUCCACGUCUGGGGCACCACGGACCACACGGACGUGCAGGGCGUGUACAUCCAGAAGCGGCUGUUUACGAGCCAGGGCCACAUGGAGUUCAGCGAGCGGCAUGUGCGGCGGCAGCUGGAUAUGCGGGUUGAGGCGGGCAGUGUGGAGAAGAACGAUGCUGAGGAGGCGGCUGAGAGGGCCGAUUGGAUGCAUGAUGGGCUUGUGGUUGCCAAAGCUGUGCUCAGGUUUUUCCAUGGCGAUGAUGAUAAGCUGGCGUAG